CUUUAAAAUCUGGGCCUCCGAUCAAAGUUGGCUCGUCUUUAUAUACAUUUGUUAAAUGACAAAAAAAUUGUUAUUUUUAUCAUUCUGCUCUGUUUGUUGGGUGUCUUCCUUCUUCGGGAACUGCAAAUGGCUACAAGAGCAGUGAGAUAUGCUGUGAUGGUAAUCCUGCAGCUGUAUGUUUCUUAGAGGAUGGACACCAAGUGGAUGAUGAGUGGAUGCAAUCUGUUGCCAAGGAGUUCAACAUCUCUGAGACUGCUUUCUUGACCCGUGCUGUCUCUGAUGACAGCCCGCGGUUUAAUCUUCGGUGGUUCACUCCAGUCGAUGAGGUUAAUCUUUGUGGUCAUGCAACUUUAGCUGCAGCACAUUUUCUUUUAUCAUAUGGCUUGGUAAAAUGCGACGCCAUUGAGUUUGCCACAAAAUCUGGAAUUUUGACUGCUACAAAAGUCUCUGGAAUGAAGCAGUUAAUUUUAUCUAAUGUCAAGGAUGAACACUUUAUUAAAUGCAAUGAAGAAAAAGAAAAUUUCUCCAUUGAGUUGAACUUUCCCGUGUGUAAGGUUGUCGAAUGCGAUUCUGGUGAUAUCCCAUCUAUUCCUGAAACUUUGAAUGGUGCAUCUGUGAUCAAUGUGCAGAAGCAUGGCCCAUCUGAUGACCUCAUUGUGGAGGUCACUUCAGGACUUGAUGUUGUUAACUUAAAACCAAAGUUUGAUGAGAUACGAAAUUGUGCUGGAAGAGGGGUUAUUGUAACAGGCCCUGCACCUCCUGGAUCUGGAUAUGACAUCUUCUCUCGCUUUUUUUGUCCCAAGUUGGGUAUUAACGAGGAUCCUGUCUGUGGGAGUGCACAUUGUGCCUUAGCACCUUAUUGGAGCAAAAAGCUUGGAAAGAACAACCUAAUUGCAUACAUGGCUUCUCCGAGGGGUGGAAGGUUGGACCUUACAUUGGACGAAAAUGCCAAACGUGUUUACAUCCGAGGAAAAGCUGUGGUUGUCAUGGAAGGCUCUCUACUAGCUUAGUUUUCGAUUUUCUUUGCCCUCAACAUUUUUCUCUCUAUAUUUCAGAGGGCAAAACAUGUCAUUUGACAAACCUUGCAGGGAUUUUAGUCUAAUGAAAUGUUGUACAUUUUUCUGCUUUUCAGCGUGAAUGCAGAGGAUGCUAUUUAAACCUUGGAUGUAUGGAACAAGCAUAGAUUGUAAUGCUAUUGGCAAGCUACAAUGGAAACCAUUGUGAUUGUUUUUCA